CAUUCGAAUCCUACUUUCUGCUGUAUUUGUAAGUGGCCUCAUUUGUCCAUCAUCCUGAUUCAUCCUCCACUAACUCGCUGUCUUUCCUUUGUCUCCCUGAAGCUCUUCAUUAUCUCUCCUCCUCUCUUCCUUUCUCUUCUUGUCCAUUGCUCUCCAUCACUCCCACUCUCUUCUUUAUUUCUCUAUAUUUCCCUGUCGCUCUGUCUUUCUCUCUUAUCCCUCCCCCAUCUGUGGGAAGCCGCUGUUGUGCGCAUGUCGUCGAUGAGUCAAUUUGUGGAGGCAGUGCACGCACGCACACACACAGACACACGCUGAUAUCCUGUCUCCCACGAAGGCAUCUGUUUCAGUCUGUCUCUGUGAGAUGCAGCACCAACAGAGAGGAGAGGGGGAGACCAGCAGAGGGAGGCAGGAAGAAGAGGAGAGGGAGGCAUAAGAAGAGAGAGCAGAGACGCAGCAGAAAGAAAGAGGCGAAAGAAGAAGAAGGAGUCCAGUUGAAGGAAGGAGAGUGCAGGCGAGGGCACGCUGCUGCAGCUCAGCCUCUGACUUCUGAGGAGUUUGGACUUGAAUGUGACACAGAUGCUGUAUCCAAGUGACUGAUUCUGAGCAUCUCCCGUUGGCGUGUGUGUAUGUGUGUGUUAACGUGUGUGAAGCCAUGGCCAGCGCUCAGCCGGGGGUCCAUGCCUUGAAACUCCAGCCUCCCUCCGUCUCUCACACACUGAAGAACGGAAGCAACUUCAUUAAAUGGGACGAGGAUCUGUCCACUGUUACUCCAGUGACGCUUCACGUGGAUCCUCAUGGGUUUUACCUUUACUGGACCGACCAAACCAAGGACACCGAGUUGUUGGACCUGACCCUAGUCAAAGAUGUCCGAACGGGAAGAAGCACCAAAACACCCAAGGAGGCCAAGCUGCGGGAGCUGCUGGAUGUGGGGAACCUGGUUGGUCGCCUGGAGAACCGCAUGGUUACCGUGGUUACAGCUUCAGACCUUGUAAACGUCAACCAGCUCAACUUCAUCGCUUCGCAGGAGGAUGAAGCCAAGGUCUGGUGCGAGGAAUUGUUUUCUCUGUCUUCCAACCUUUUGAGCCAUAAUCUCAACAGAGACCGUAGUCUGCUGAAGGCGUUUGUCAAACUAACUCUGCAGCCAAACGCAGAGGGGAAAAUUCCUGUCAAGAACAUUGUUCGACUGUUUUCAUCAGACAGAAAGCGAGUGGAGAACGCCUUGGAGAACUGCAGGCUGCCCUACGGACGGGGCGACGCCAUCAAACUGGAGGACUUCACUCUCGACGUUUACAGGAGCUUCUUGGACAGUCUGUGUCCCCGACCGGAGCUCAGCAGCAUCUUUAAACUUCAAGGAGGCAACGACGGCGCUCUGUCAGUCGAUCAGAUGACAGAGUUCAUCAACAACAAGCAGAGAGACCCCCGGCUGAAUGAGAUCCUCUACCCGCCUCUUCGCCCUGCGCAGACCCGCGCUCUGAUGGAGCGGUACCAGCAGGACCAGGCCCAGCUGAAGGAAGGCCAUAUCUCUGUCCAGGCGUUCUCCACUUAUCUGUCCAGUGAUGAAAACGGAGUCAUUCCCCCAGACAAACUGGACCAGUCUGAGGACAUGAGCUUCCCUUUGUCUCACUACUUCAUCAACUCAUCACAUAAUACGUAUCUGACAGCGGGCCAGCUGGCGGGCAGCUCCUCCGUUGAGAUGUACCGGCAGGUCCUCCUGGCAGGCUGCCGCUGCGUGGAGCUGGAUGUGUGGAAGGGACGAACGGCCGAGGAAGAACCCGUCAUCACACACGGCUUCACCAUGACCUCAGAAAUCUCCUUUAAAGAAGUGAUUGAAGCCAUUGCAGAGUGCGCCUUCAAGACCUCGCCCUUUCCUGUCAUACUGUCCUUUGAAAAUCACGUGGACUCAUUGAAGCAACAGGCCAAAAUGGCCGAAUACUGUCGCUCCAUUUUUGGAGACGCGUUGCUGAUCGACCCUCUGGACAAAUACCCUCUGGAGGCAGGUGUCCUGCUGCCCAGUCCUCAGGAGCUGAUGGGCAAAAUCCUCAUCAAGAACAAAAAAUCCCACAAACCGUCCAAUAACACGGACACCAAGAGGCUGGCGGACCAACCUGCCAAUCAGAGCAACGAGCCAGUGUCUCCUAGCAACAACACAGGAGAGAUGGAGGCUGAGAGUGAGGAAGAUGAUGAUGAUGAAGAUGAUGAUGGUAAAAAGGGCUCGGCAGAGCGAGAGGCCGUGGCUACAGAGGAGAUGUCCACUCUGGUUAAUUACGUCCAACCAACCAAGUUCAACUCCUUCGAAGCCUCCAAGAAGGCAGCCCGCUGUUACCACAUGUCGUCUUUCGUGGAGACCAAAGCUUUGGAGCAUCUCACAAAGUCACCAGUGGAGUUUGUAGAGUACAAUAAAUACCAGUUGAGUCGGAUCUACCCCAAAGGAACACGAGUGGACUCGUCCAACUUUAUGCCCCAGCUCUUCUGGAACGCUGGAUGUCAGCUUGUGGCUCUCAACUACCAAACUAUCGACUUGUCCAUGCAGCUGAAUCUCUUCAUGUUUGAGUACAACGGUCGCAGCGGCUACAGACUGAAGCCUGAGUUCAUGAGACGACCGGACAAACACUUCGACCCCUUCACAGAAAACACGGUGGACGGCAUCGUGGCCAACACCCUCUCUGUGAAGGUGAUUUCAGGACAGUUCCUGACUGAACGCAGGGUGGGUGUGUACGUGGAGGUGGAGAUGUUCGGACUCCCUGCGGACACCAGGAGGAAGGCCCUGAAGACCAAGACCUCUCAGAACAACAACGCCGUCAACCCGGUGUGGGACGAGGAGCCCAUUGUGUUCAAAAAGGUGAUCCUUCCCACUCUGGCCUCGCUAAGGAUCGCUGCCUUUGAGGAAGGAGGGAAGUUUGUUGGUCAUCGGAUCAUUCCAGUGUCGGCCAUCAGACCAGGCUAUCGCUACAUCGGCCUGAGGAACGAGAAAAACCAGUCUCUGGUUCUACCAGCUGUGUUCGUCUACAUCGAAGUCAAAGACUACGUUCCAGACACGUUUGCAGAUGUUAUAGAGGCUCUGUCCAACCCUAUUCGAUAUGUCAACCUGCUGGAGCAGCGUUCUAAGCAGUUGGCGGCUCUGACUCUGGAGGACGUGGAGGAGGACACACACACUGAGGAUGAAGUCGACAGCUGUGCAGAUCGUAAGAAUGACCUGAAAUCAGCUCCACUGGAGAACGGGCUCAGCCCCAUCUCUGGCCCUGCAGGCCACACCCCCAUCGCCACCACACCCAAGGCUUCUGCAGCCAAUCAGCAGGCAGUUACAACAGAAGCAGCCAAACCUGCAGCAAAGAAUGAGGAUCUGGUUUUGAGUGUGUUGAUAGACGUCCCAGUGGGCUCCAUGGAGAGUCUGCAGCAGUCAAAGAUCUAUCAGAAGGAGCAGAGACGUCAGUUUAAGGAGCUGAAGGAGCUGGUGAGGAGACACCAAAAGAAAACAUCAGAGCUUCUCCGAGAGUUCAACAACAAAUACAAGAAGACGUACAGGCAGUCCAGCAAGAGCAGGGGUUCACGUUCUGAUGGAGACAAAGACGAGCGCCUGCAGCAGCUGAGAGAGGAGCAGCAGCAGCAGCUCCUGGCUCUGAGGCAGGAACAGUACUACAGUCAGAAAUAUCUACAGAGGGAGCACAUAAAAACGCUGGUAGAACGACUGAGCGCUCUGGCUGAGGAGAGUCACAGCGUCCAGAUCAAGAAACUCAAAGACAUCUGUGACAAGGAAAAAAAGGAACUGAAGAGACAGAUGGAUAGAAGAAGAACCGAGAAGAUUAACCAAGCGAAGACCAAAGAGAAACAUCUGGCUGAAGAGGAGAAGAUGGAGAUCAAUAAGUCCUACGUCAACGAAGUGGUCCAGAACAUCAAACGGCUUGAGGAGACGCAGGCAAAGCGCCACGAGCAACUGGUGGAACAGCACAAUGAGCUGCUGCGGGAGAUACAGGACCAGAAACCAAAGCUGCAGGGAGCCGUGGAGGCCGACUUCCAGGAGAAGUUCCAGUGUUUACCUGAGGAGAUCCGAGACUUCCUGCAGGACAGGAAGACAGAGGUCAGAGGUCACAGCAAGUCCCGGUCAUCAACUCCUCAUGAAGCUCUGUCGGAGGAGGACUGAUGGAUUUAAGGGUCAAAGAAAAACUGAUGAAGCGUUAUUGACAGAGAAUAAAGAGGAGGUUCUAAAGACUGUUACUUUAUUUAAUGGACGGAUGCUAGUUUUUUAAUCCCACGCAUGCACUUUGCUCUACUUUAGUUUAAUCAAAACCCUGUUUACUCUUAUUUCCUGGCAUCAACAUCUGAAACUCAACACUUACGGUUAUACUGCAUGAGAACUGUCUGUCUGUCUGUCUGUCUGUCUGUCUGUCUGUCUGUCUGUCUGUCUGUCUGUCUGUCUGUCUGUCUGUCUGUCUGUCUGUCUGUUCUCACUGCCCCACUGCUCACUUAUUAUGAUAUUUAUAGAUUUUUAAUUUAUUUUGGAAUCAUGGUUUUUAUAGUUUAUUAAUGGCAUGUAACUUAUCUGAUGUAGAAACUUUUCAGUAUAUUCUAGUCAACCCAGUCACGCACAGAUCUUCUAUCUGUAUUUCAAAUUACUUCAUGUCUGGGCGACGGGGAAAGAGUUAAACAGGAAAAUGUCAUUAAGCUGUUUUCUUUGUUCUUCAAAUAUUAGAUGUAUUUGUGCAUUAUGUGCAUUAUCUGAGUAGCAGAAUCACCCAGCGAGUUCCCUCAGACCUUCACACUGCAUGGUUCAUAAGUUUGGUCCUUAUUUUAUUGUUAUAUUCACAAUGACAAAGUAACACAAACAUCAUUUGUAAAAUUGUGUAAAGGAUUUUCUUUGUUGUAAAAAUGUAAAUCAAAGGAGCCGUGUCACUUUUUGUAGCGUGAUCUUCCAGGGAACGUUUCCUGUGUUUUACUUUUCCUCUGGAUUCCUGAAAUUGAGGCUGAAGCUGCGUUCAACGACUUCUGUGCAAAGAACCUUUUCACUAAAACCCACUGUUAACUGGUCUCUACAGUAGCCUGCACUGGAUGCUUCAUGGCAAUACAUGGACUGAGCUGACGUCUUGUACCUCACUAGCGUAUUUAUCUGGACCAUGUUUGUGUCUGGAGGAGGUUCUCCAACAGAAGGCCUGUUGAACGCACCUCAGACUGCAGCCUGGACUGAGCAUGCUUUACUGUCUUACUGGCUUUCUCUUAAGUUGUUGCUUGGUUUUACUGGAACUAUAAACGACUAUUAAAAGACGUUUGAGGUAAAAA